CCUGGGCAGUGCAGGUUCUCCGGCUCUGCCCCAACAAGCAAACUCAGAAAACUGCUGAGGAAGGGGCAGAGCUGUGGCCAGGCUUGCAUGGAGGACCGCUCUUUCUCCAAGUCCCCUCUGGAGUUUGAGUCUGCCCAUGGCAUUGGCCUUUCAGCUCAGGCAGCCCUCCAGGGCCCAGCCUGUGCCAGGACUCUGCCACGAACUGGCUGGGACAGACUCAUGUGACGUGUGCAACAGCACCAACCUUCCAGAAGUUGAGAUCAUUAGCCUGCUGGAGGAGCAGCUGCCCCAUUACAAGCUAAGAGCUGACACCAUCUACGGUUACGACCACGAUGACUGGCUGCAUACACCUCUCCUUUCCCCAGAUGCCAACAUCGACCUCACAACCGAGCAGAUUGAAGAGACGCUGAAAUACUUCCUUCUAUGUGCUGAAAGAGUUGGCCAGAUGACUAAGACAUACAAUGACAUAGACGCUGUCACGAGGCUUCUUGAGGAGAAAGAACGGGAUUUGGAGCUGGCUGCGCGGAUCGGCCAGUCAUUGUUGAAGAAGAACAAGACCCUAACUGAGAGGAAUGAGCUACUGGAAGAGCAGGUGGAACACAUCCGAGAGGAGGUGUCUCAGCUCCGACAUGAGCUGUCCAUGAAGGAUGAGCUGCUUCAGUUCUACACCAGUGCUGCCGAGGAGAGUGAGCCCGAGUCUGUCUGUUCAACCCCACUGAAGAGGAAUGAGUCAUCCUCCUCUGUCCAGAACUACUUCCACCUGGAUUCCCUUCAGAAGAAGCUGAAGGACCUCGAAGAGGAGAAUGUUGUACUUCGAUCUGAGGCCUGUCAGCUGAAGACCGAGACCAUCACCUAUGAGGAGAAGGAACAGCAGCUGGUGAACGACUGUGUGAAGGAGCUGAGGGAUGCCAACGUCCAGAUUGCGAGCAUCUCGGAGGAGCUGGCCAAGAAGACAGAAGAUGCUGCCCGUCAGCAGGAGGAGAUCACGCAUCUGCUGUCGCAGAUUGUGGACUUACAGAAGAAGGCAAAGGCUUGUGCGGUGGAAAAUGAAGAGCUCGUCCAGCACCUGGGCGCUGCCAAGGAUGCCCAGCGGCAACUCACAGCAGAGCUGCGUGAGCUGGAGGACAAGUAUGCAGAGUGCAUGGAAAUGCUUCACGAGGCACAGGAGGAACUGAAGAACCUGCGGAACAAGACGAUGCCCAACACCACGUCCCGGCGCUACCACUCACUGGGCCUGUUCCCCAUGGACUCCUUGGCUGCAGAAAUUGAGGGAACUAUGCGUAAGGAGCUGCAGCUGGAAGAGCCAGAGUCUCCAGACAUCACCCACCAGAAGCGUGUCUUCGAGACCGUGAGAAACAUCAAUCAGGUGGUCAAGCAGAGAUCAUUGGCCCCUUCCCCCAUGAACAUCCCCGGCUCCAACCAGUCCUCAGCCAUGAACUCCCUCCUGUCCAGCUGCGUCAGCACCCCCCGCUCCAGCUUCUACGGCAGCGAUGUUGGCAACGUGGUCCUUGACAACAAGACCAACAGCAUCCUCCUGGAAACUGAGGCAGCUGACCUGGGGAAUGAGGAGCGCAAUAAGAAGCCGGGCACCCCAGGCACCCCAGGCUCCCACGACCUGGAGACGGCACUUAGGCGGCUGUCCCUGCGCCGGGAGAACUACCUGUCUGAGCGGAGGUUCUUCGAGGAGGAGCAGGAGAGGAAGCUGCGUGAGCUGGCUGAGAAGGGCGAGCUGCACAGUGGCUCACUCACACCCACCGAGAGCAUCAUGUCCCUGGGCACACACUCCCGCUUCUCGGAGUUCACGGGCUUCUCCGGCAUGUCCUUCAGCAGCCGCUCCUACCUGCCCGAGAAGCUGCAGAUCGUGAAGCCGCUCGAAGGUUCAGCCACGCUUCACCACUGGCAGCAAUUGGCCCAACCUCAUCUUGGGGGCAUCCUGGACCCCCGUCCUGGUGUGGUCACCAAGGGCUUCCGGACGCUGGACGUUGACCUGGAUGAAGUGUACUGCCUUAACGACUUUGAGGAAGAUGACACAGGUGACCACAUUUCCCUCACGGGCCUAGCUACCUCCACGCCAGUUCAGCACCCGGAGACCUCAGCGCACUACCCGGGGAAAUGCAUGUCGCAGACCAACUCCACUUUUACCUUCACCACCUGCCGCAUCCUGCACCCUUCAGACGAGCUCACGCGGGUCACGCCAAGCCUUAACUCAGCCCCUGCUCCGGCUUGUAGCAGCACUAGCCACUUGAAAUCCACACCAGUGGCCACGCCAUGCACCCCCCGGAGACUGAGCCUGGCGGAGUCCUUCACAAAUAUCCGCGAGUCCACAACCACCAUGAGCACAUCCCUGGGACUGGUAUGGUUACUGAAGGAACGAGGCAUCUCGGCGGCUGUGUAUGACCCCCAGAGUUGGGACAGAGCCGGCAGGGGCUCCCUCCUCCACUCCUACACCCCUAGGAUGGCUGUGAUCCCAUCCACCCCACCAAACUCUCCUAUGCAGACACCCGUGGCCUCCCCGCCCUCCUUCGAGUUCAAGUGCACGAGCCCUCCCUACAACAACUUCCUGGCCUCCAAGCCUGCCAGCUCCAUCCUGAGGGAGGUGAGGGAAAAGAAGCAUGUGAGGAGCAGCGAGAGCCAGACGGACGUGUCUGUCUCCAACCUCAACCUUGUGGACAAAGUCAGGAGGUUUGGGGUGGCCAGAGUGGGGAACUCAGGACGAGCACAUAUCCCCACCUUGACUGAGGAUCAGGGACCUCUCCUCUGUGGAGCCACAGGGCCAGCACAGGCUCUUGUUCCUGGGGGCCUGGUGCCCGAGGGCCUGCCUCUGGGGUGUCCCAGUGGCAUCCGACGGAAUCGCAGCUUCCCCACCAUGGUUGGGUCCAGUGUGCAGAUGAGAGCCCCUGUGAUCCUCACCUCGGGCAUCUUAAUGGGUGCUAAGCUCCCCAAACAGACUAGCUUGCGGUGAGGCCAGGGAUCUCUGCCCUCCAGGAGACCAGCGUUUUCCUCUAUCUGCUCCUCGCCUCCUGUCCCCCACAGAGCACUCACACCCUUCCCCUCUGAGGUCUACUUCUCCUGAGCUAGACAAAUCAACCUUGUGCCUCGUGGGGGGGAGUAGAACUCCACACGGUGUGUACACAGGCCUUGGGGACCUUGCGUCUGCUCUCUUCCACUGUGCAGGAAGGGAUAGCCCUACAAGGUUACACUCUCGUGAUGUCACCUGAGCUCACCCGGGGGAAGGUGGCAUCCUUUCUUCUUUACUUUUAAGAAGCACUGAAAUUCCCAAGGGUGUUCUUAUCCCAUGGAUAGGAACCUGGUGAAUCCUGCAUAAGACUGUCGGGUUGCACACCAUAGCCGCCACAUGGCGCAGGCCACAAUGCAUCCUCCUCCUGGUGUCGCUGGCCUCCUUGCCCACCUUGACAGCCCACAGUGCUGCUCACCAUCAGAGAGCAGUUCUUCUGUUGUAGGUGGUCCAACUUUAUCAAGAUCUGCUCUGAUGGGUUGUCCGUUCUCGGGUGUGACCUGAAGUCACCCUGUGUCUGUCGUCAGCUGACAGGCUCAGAGCCUGACCUGAAAAGAAUGUAUUCACGCUCUGACGCACCAUCAGGCAGUCCCUCUAUGUUCUGUGUGAUUGAUUUUUUUCAUUUUUAAACAUUUUAUUAGCAGGGAAGUCUCAGUACUGAUAAUUUCUCCUGGUGGUCCUGACACCAAGAUGCAAAUGGCGUACACACUAACUUGCUGAUAACAUGGCUUAUUUCUGGGACCCAGUGUCACAGCCAGGUUGAUGGAUGACCAGUUUUCACUGUAACAGUAGGAUCAAGGGGAUAGGGGACAAGACUGUCAAAUCUAUACACUGUGGAGAAAAAGGGCGAGUCCCCAGCACCUCACUGCACCCUGGGUCAAGGUUGGUCAGCUUUGAUGGCUGCUGGCACCUCUCCUCAGGAGGGAGCUCAGGCAGCGUGGUUGAGCUCUGCAACCAUUUAGUGGCUAUUUUUUUGUUUUGUUUUGUUUUGAGACAGGGUUUCUCUGUGUAUCCUUCCCUGUCCUGGCACUUCCUUUAUAGACCAGGCUGGCCUUGAACUCACAGAGAUCCACCUGUCUCUGCCUCCUUAGUGCUGGGAUUAAAGGCGUACUCCACAUUUUUUUAUCCUUGUUUCAAAACAGGAAUAAGUUUCCUCCCCAUCCCCCAAGCCCUUUGUCUCCUCAUCCCAUUUCUGCCCAUAGGAAAAAAAAAUCAGAGGUGCUUAUGAAUGGGAGAAUGAGGAAGUGAGAGGCCGGGGCCUGUUGCUGUCACCCACUCAGUUACAGAGUUUUAUUUAUUAACUGUGUGUGCUGUAUUUUAAUCAGAUGCCUCCCCCGCUUCCAGCUCCAGCCAGAGUGUGUGUGUGUGUGUGUGUGUGUGUGUGUGUGUGUGUGUGUGUGUGAGAGAGAGAGAGAGAGAGAGAGAGAGAGAGAGAGAGAGAUCCCACCCCAGGUAUAAUAUUUAUUUACUUUUGUCUGAAUAUGACUGUCCAUCUGUGUGUCACGUGAUCACCUGCCCCAGACAUCUCUGGAAAGGUAGCAGCCUGUGUACAAGAAAUUGUCACAUGGACCCUCCCCCCAGCAAAAGAUGUGUCCUUGGAUGGAGUGAGGGUCACCUUCUAUCCACUGAGGAUGCUCUGAGAAGGUCCCCAAGCAGCAAGCUUCAGUCCCGCUAUUUCAAACUAUUUAUUCUCCAAACACAAGAGUGCUGGUUCGUCACGUUCUCCGCUCUCCUGCCUGUUGUGGGUGUGCGGUCACUCCCGGUAACUUACCUUUCUAUUUGAAUGUAUUUGAAAGCAGUAGGUAGAAUAGCAAAGGAGGGUGACAACCAUGCCUUUGAAUGGACCAUCCAUGUAUUCAGAGGAGCCACCCAUCUGCGCUGGGAACACCAGUGUGAAAACUGGCAUGUUAGAGGUUGUGAUACUUAGUGUAGUUAAUAAACUGGUGAGCAACAUCAAGCAACCACAACCAAAAAGUGUGUUGUAAUGCAUCAAGAUCAACAACAAAAUUUUAUUCGCUAAUAUCAAUAAAACAAGCUCAAAGGCUGGA